GUUUAUGAAAUCGAGAAAAAUCAGAAUAUUUUUGUGCUAAGUAAUGAAGUAACUAUUUUAGAUUAGAACAAAUUAUUAAAAAUAAGUAACAUAAAAUAAAUGCAUUAUUUUAAUAUUUGAGUUAGUUUUUGUGUGUCGUCCUACAGGUUGAAGAUGCGUAUAUUUGUAUUCUCCAUAUCACUGCUAUUAUGCAGUGUUUAUGUGUCUCAGGCUUAUGAGGAUGCAAUACUAGAGGAUGAUGAUUUCGCUGAAUUUGAACAAUUUGAAGUCGAAGAGGAAACUCCGUCCAAUGAUUACAUUGAAGAACAAGUGCCAGUUAUGAAGGCAAAACAGAAUGUGAAUAAGGAACAGUUUGAAACAAAUAUUGAUGCAGACGAUAUAGUUGUUGAGGAUGAAGAUAAUGAAUUUGAGCAUUUGCAAGAUCCCGAAGAGUUUGAAGGUUUUCAGGACACAACGCCUCGCACUGCCGAACAACCAAAAAUUACUAUCUCUCAGGUGCCAAUAAUGAUUCGACCAAGAUGGGACGCAUAUUGGCUAGAAGGAAUCCUAUGCUGUUUGCUCGCAGCGUACGCACUCGCGUACGUAAUCGGACGCGCCAAGAAUACCGCCAUAGCGACCAACUUUCUCAAGUUACAUAGACCACUUUUGGAUGAAAACUUUACUUUAGUCGGCGAGACGGGGCUGGACGUGGUGUCGGUGGACGAGCGCGGCUGGCGGCGCGAGGCGGAGCACUGCUUCACCAUGUGGUGCAGCGGCCGACAGUGCUGCGAGGGGAUGCUGCUCACGCUCAAACUGAUCAAGCGUCAAGACUUAGUCCACGUGCUACUGGGUGUAGUUAAACCAACUCCAGACACGUUACUCAUUCGUGUGGAACUCGGUAAAGACGACUGCGAUCCGUUCGUUCUCUGCAUCGCGCAGAAGAAGAUCGCCACGCGCCUCGCAAAGGAUAUGCAGGACUUGAGCAUGUUCUGCCCCGAGCGGCGCGCGGGCGACAAGCACGGGCUGCCGGCGGCGCUGGGCGUGCUGUCGGAGUGCGCGGAGGCCACGGCCGCCGUGCUGGACGCGCGCGUCACGGCCGCGCUCGCGCAGUACCACGCGCACGUGCAGUACAUACACGUGUCCGACCGCUACUGCGGGCCCAAGCAGAUGGAAGAAACCGUACCCACGAAACCACCGGAUACGGAACGAGUGAUGCUAGUCAGUCUCGCGUUGGGCCCCGACGGUGGUGGGGACGAAAUUCGCCCCUUGCUGCUGUUGGUGUUCUAUCUGCUGGAUAAAAUCAAACGGCUUCGUUUAAGUAAAGAGGCUCUAGCGAAAUGCGAGAAGCGUCGCGUGAAGGCGACGGAGGCGUGGGUGCGCGGCACGCACGCGGCGCGGCAGGAGCAGGCCGCGCAGCGCCGGGAGGAGAAGCGCAAGCAGGAGAAGGAGCGCAUACUGGCGGAAGAUGAUCCAGAGAAGCAGCGGCGUUGGGAGUUAAAGGAGCAGAAGCGUCAACAAAAACGUAAAGCCCCAAAAAUGAAGCAACUAAAAGUGAAGGCGCUGUAAAUCAGCAAUACUCAAAUGCAAUAAUUAUUUAAAAAAUAUUUUUUUGUUACUUAUCCCUAAGUGUUGAAUCUACAGUCUUGUGAAUAAAUAAUAUCUGUAUACAA